UCCCAUGGAGACGAGUGGCGUGAAUUCCCACACAUCAACAGGUCUGGUCCCUGAUGGUCUCGGAAGGGCCCCCCUCCUCUCUUUUUUUGCUCUCACUCUCUUAAACUUCAGGACUCUCCCUCUCCCUGAGGAUACGACCCCCACCCUUAAAACUCGAUGAGUGCAUCGGCAUGCGGUCACCGAAUUCGAAAACGUCAAACAGUCACCCUUCAAAGCUUUGCUCAGAAUAUCCUCAACCUUCCCAUUCUUACACGUGGAAUAAUUUACAACCAAUUUCAAAAAAACACUAAACAAUUUUCCCAAUAUUUUCUAUUAAAUAGAAAGAAAAGAAAAUCAUCCCUUGGAAAAAAUUAAAAAAAAAUCUUAUUGUGUAUUAAGAGGAAAUUAUUAAGUGAUUGUGAUUUUGACAAAAGGAAGAAAAACUUUGUCAAAAGUAAAAUUGUGUCGUGCCUCAUCGAACAAUACUGUCGAUGAAGUGUGCGAAUUUUUUCUUUUGCGAAAAAAAUAAAGUGAAUGUUCGAAUAGAGGAGGAAAUAUUUGUGAGUGUUAAUUUUUCUCUCUAAAUGGUGGAUUACUACAAGUACAAAAUGUCAGCAAGUGAUGAGGAAUUUGAACAACAAUCACAAUCGGGAAUGUCAAAGGCAGAACUCAGAAGGAGUAACAAGCCAAUAAUGGAAAAAAGAAGACGUGCCAGAAUUAAUCAAUGUUUGGAUGAAUUAAAGAGUCUCAUUCUUGAAGCAAUGAAAAAAGACCCAACAAGACACUCAAAAUUGGAGAAAGCCGACAUUCUCGAAAUGACAGUGAAACAUUUGCAGACAGUUCAACGUCAACAAUUGAGCACUGCUGUUGCCACUGAUCCAGCAGUUCUCACCAAGUUUCGUUCAGGCUUUUCCGAAUGUGCAACUGAGGUGUCACGAUACGUGAGUCAUUUGGAGAACGUCGAACCAGCCGUCAAGCAACGUCUAGUCUCACAUCUCAACAACUGUGUGAGUCACCUUCAACAAGUUGCACCAUUCUACAGUCAUUACGUGCCGUACAUGCCAGAACGUCUCUAUCCCGAAGUUAAAGUUGGCUUUCAAACCGACUUUCAAAAUGGCGACGAAAACAAUAAUGGCAGCGCAAGAAUUCAAAUUCCAAGUGGCGUUCAACUAAUACCAAGUCGUCUGCCAACCGGUGAAUUAGCCCUUCUAGUACCACAAUCAGCCGGCAUAUCAGCAAAUUUCCCCUUCUUCCCGCCAGCGCCCGAAAGUGCCGCAAGAAUUGGUCCAUCCUCAGCAUUCACAGCAGUUCAAAGAUCACACAGUCCACUUCUAAGUCCAUCCACAUCCACAUCAAGUUACGACGAGCAAUAUCCAUCAGUUCAAUCACCAACACAUCAAUUUAAAAUACCCGAACAAAGUUCAUCGGCGUCAUCGAAAAGUUUUUCAUCACCCGAAACGCAAAAACCUCAAAUUAGUUCAACGAGUGAUCGAAAAUCACCAACGACAAUUUUUAUUGAACCCAUCAAGAGUGACAAUAGUUGUGCGGCUGCUGCUGUUGCUGCUGGCGUUGCGGCUCGGGUCAUCGGCUCCGAGUCAUUCACACCACCGUCGAGUCAUUCAACAGGUGGAGAACUCAUUAAUGGGUCGCAGAUUUUGAGGCAACCAUUGUCAGUUAUCACCGAGAAAACAUGUAAUCGACCAUCACUCAUGAAGAGGGAGAAUUUAAAACGACAUCAUUCCGAUGGUCUUUUAUCAAUUUCCGAAAAGAAAACAAGAUAUCAAGAGCCAUUAAAUUCCACUGCUACUACUACUACUAUUGCAGCUUCAACAAGUACAAAUAAUGGCUAUUUUCGUUUGGACAGUGAACAUACAUCAGCAUCAGCUGAAGAUCUAUCGGGACGAAAUAAUUUCGUCAGAGAACAACGAAAUACACGACACUUGGCUAAUGCUGGACCAUCAAAUGGUGACAUGUGGAGGCCCUGGUGAUCAUAUAGCAAUUGGACUUAAUUUAUUAAUUCUGAAAGAUAUUUUUUCUAUCAGACUUUUUUGUUUUUUUUAAAUAUUUACUGUUAUUUUUGUUUUUUUUAUGAUUUCUUGUGUGGAAAUGUUUCCUCCAAAGACACAGAAAAAAAAUUUGUUUUAUUUUUACGAUACACAGGGAGAAAGAUAGAAUUUACAAUAGAGAUUGUUACAUUCAAUGUUUAUUGACAAAUGAUUUGUAUUAAUUUCUGUUUAGAAUGCUACUGUCUUAAUUAAUUGAUGUUAUCUUGAUUACAAAUGUAACCAAAAUCGUCGUCAAUAUAUAUACUCUCUAAAUCUGAAUUAGUAUAAAAAGUCACUAAUGAAAUGACGAAAAGUCGUCCACCAAAUUAUUUAGUAAUAAUUGUACUAACAAAUAGUGAAAUUUUACUAAUUGAUAGUAGAGCUUUACUAGCUUAGUAGAAUUCAACUAAAAAUUAGUAGAACUGGUUUAUUAAUAGUUGAUAAAAUAGUUUCACUAAUUCAUUUAGUGGAAUAAGUGACUUUCAAUUAGUUAAAUUCUAC